AUGCACCAAAGGUAUGGUGACUUUGUGCGCACCGGGCCUCGUGAAAUUUCAAUCAACCGACCAUCAGCCGUGUUGACAGUAAACGGAUCGCACUCGCCUUGCACGCGAUCCCCUUGGUACAGCCAUGUGUCCGAUGACAAUACACAAAAUUCGUUAAACUCUACCCGCGAUCCUAACAUACACCGACGCCGACGAAAGGCUUGGGAUCGUGGAUUCAGCAUACAGGCAUUGGCACUCUAUGAGCCGAGCGUCCAACGCAAGAUGAAUGUCCUUGCCACUCAGAUCCGCUCUAGACUGACCAAACCGCUGGACGUCUCACAGUGGAUGAUGUACUUUGCCUUCGAUGUGAUGGGUCUAGUCGGGUUUUCCGAAGAUUUUCGCCAGCUGGAGACCGGCACUGAGCAGGCUUCUAUCAAAGAACUCCACCAACAAAUGCUAUUUCUCGGGAUCUUGAAGCCCGCGCCUUGGAUUUUAACCAUCCUUGGUGCCAUCCAGGGCUUGGUGGGUAAUUACGGACGGUUCAUGACUUACUGCGUGGACAGGGUUGCGGAGAGGAAGGAGAAAUGGGCCCUGGAAAGCGGCGAUUCUAGCAUCAAAACCCCGAAGGACGUUAUCUCUUGGCUCCUGAAAGCUAUCGAGGAGAAAGACCCAAGUGCCCCACCAGGUGAUCAAGCGCUCAACGAAGACGGUCGUCUCAUGAUUGUAGCUGGAAGUGACACCACGGGUACAACCCUAGCCCACGCGCUGUACUAUCUCACCAAGAACGUCUCCGCAUACAAGACUUUGCAAAAGGAACUUGAUAACGUCUUCGGAAUCACUGCCAAGUCCUCUCACUUCUCCAACGAGAAGCUUCGUGGCCUCCCUUACCUCGAGGCUGUCAUCAACGAGACCCUCCGCCUCAAGCCCGCUGUCCCUAGUGGCCAGCCAAGAGUAACCCCACCCGAAGGAUUACAGAUUGACGAGGUCUGGAUCCCAGGUGAAACAAUAGUCGUACUAUCGCAGUACGUCCUCCAGCGUGACGAGCGCUAUUUCACUUCCGGCUCUGAUUUCAUUCCUGAGCGAUGGCUCGGCGAGAAGAGCAACUUGAUCAAGCAUGAAGAAGCUUUCUUCCCAUUCCAGCUAGGUCGAUAUGGCUGCGUUGGGAAGCAACUCGCACUCAUGCAACUUCGAGGCGUGAUCUCACGGAUAGCGUAUGAUUUCGACCUCGCGUUCGCGGCCGGGGGAGAUGAAAAUGCAUUUGAUGCCGACUCCAAGGAUACCUUUGUUUUCACCAUUGGGCCUUUACAUGUAGUCUUCACCGAACGAGUACGGGGGUAG